CAGUGGAUUUCUCUCAGCGGAACGCCAUGGAUUUUAUGACAGAUCAGGAUGUGCAGAGGUACCAGGAGGAUGGAUACGUGGUUCUGGACGGGCUGCUGACCUCCCAGGAGUGUGAUGAACUGAGGCAGAGGAUGGCAGAGAUUGUGGAGCGGAUGGAUGUCCCCGAACACUGCCGCACCACCUUCUCCACCUACCAUGAUGAGCAGCUAAAAACACAGAUGCAGGGAAAUGCUGACUAUUUCAUCACAAGUGGAGAUAAGAUCAGAUUCUUCUUUGAGAAAGGGGUUUUUGAUGACAAAGGGGAGUUUAUUGUACCCAAGCAGCGGUCACUAAAUAAAGUUGGACAUGCACUGCAUGCCUAUGAGCCGUUGUACGAAAAGGUUACACAUUCGCCCAAAGUCCAGGGCAUAGCUAAAAAGCUGGGCCUAGUGAGUCCUGUGAUUCUCCAAAGUAUGUUCAUAUUUAAGCAACCAGGCAUCGGUGGGGAAGUGACUCCACACCAAGAUGCUACAUUUCUGUACACGGAGCCCCUGGGCAGAGUUAUGGGGGUGUGGAUUGCCCUGGAAGAUGCUACUAUUAACAAUGGCUGUCUGUGGUUUAUCCCAGGAUCACACAACAGCGGUAUCACUAGACGUAUGGUGCGUACUCCAAAGGGCACCUUUCCCCUGACCGACUUUAUCGGUAGAGAGCAGACAUACGAUGACGAGAAGUUUGUUGCCGCACCAGUGAAAAAAGGUGGUGUUAUCCUGAUCCACGGACAGGUGGUGCAUCGAAGUGCUGAAAACACCUCUGAAGAGUCUCGUCAUGUCUACACCUUCCACAUCAUGGAAGCCCAGCAGACCCGCUGGAGCCCUGACAACUGGUUGCAGCCCACUGAAGACCUCCCUUUCCCACCUCUCUACACUUGAAGGAUUCUUUGGCAUCAGGUGCUGCUCCCAAAGAAUAACCAGCAUCUAUGAUAUUAUCAUCAAGGAAAAAAAAUCAGAUAAUACUGUUUCAUUAACUUCCCAAAGAAUGGCUGUGCUUGCAAUAUUCUUCUGAUAAGGGUAAAAGGAUCUUAUUACACAAGAAAACUAUAGGCUGAAUCCUGAGCUCAGCCUAUUGUUCCUGUAUCGAUCGUUGCCAAGUGUUAUUCAUGACCCAUAGAAAAAAUAGACAUGUAUAAAUAAGAUAUACUACCAGUCAAAAGUUUGGACACACCUUCUGAUUUAAUGGUUUGUCUUCAUUUUUAUGGCUGUUUACAUUGUAGAUUCUCACUGAAGGCAUUGCAACUGUGAAUGAACACACAUGGAAUUAUGUAGUUAACAAAAAAAAUGUGAAAUACCUCAAAACAUGUUUUAUAUUUUACA